GCUCGGCUCGCUCGCUCGCUCGCUCGCUCGGCUCCGCGGGCUGGGGCGGCGAGCGGCGGCGGAGCGACAGCGGGACGGCGCGACAGCGGGACGGAGGCGCCGCUGCGGAGGCGCCGCUCCUCUCCCGGCCCCGCACCUGCCCGCGCCGCUCGCCGCUCGCCGCUCGCCGCUCGCCGCCCUCCGGCCUGGCCUCUCCCGGCGCCGAGGGGCGCGGGGCCGGGGCGCGCGGGGCCGGGGCGCGCGGGGCAGGGCGCGCGGGGCGCUGGGCGCGCGGCUGGCCCAUGAGGCUUUCCGGCGCGGGGCGCGGCAGGGCGCGCGGGCCAUGGGGGGCAGCCUGCGGGUGGCCGUGCUGGGCGCCCCGGGCGUGGGCAAGACGGCCAUCAUCCGCCAGUUCCUGUUCGGCGACUACCCCGAGCGCCACCGGCCCACGGACGGGCCACGCCUCUACCGGCCCGCGGUGCUGCUCGACGGCGCGGUCUACGACCUGAGCAUCCGCGACGGCGACGGCGCCCGCCCGGGUCACAACCCCGGGGCACCGGAGGAGUGGCCGGACUCCAAGGACUGGAGCUUGCAGGACACGGACGCCUUCGUGCUCGUCUACGACAUCUGCAGCCCGGACAGCUUCGACUACGUGAAGGCGCUACGGCAGCGCAUCUCGGAGACCAGGCCGGCGGGCGCCCCCGAGGCUCCCAUCCUGGUGGUCGGCAACAAGAGGGACCGGCAGCGGCUGCGCUUCGGGCCUCGGCGCGCGCUGGCCGCGCUGGUGCGCAGGGGCUGGCGCUGCGGCUACCUCGAGUGCUCCGCCAAGUACAACUGGCACGUGCUGCGUCUCUUCCGCGAGCUGCUGCGCUGCGCUUUGGUGCGCGCGCGCCCUGCGCACCCGGCCCUGCGCCUGCAGGGGGCGCUGCACCCGGCCCGCUGCAGCCUCAUGUGACUGAACUGGACCGCGACGCCGAGGCCGGCGGCGGGAGGGGCCCAGCUUGAUUGGAACAACCGGGUACCUGGAUUGGACGAAGCUGCCCAACUUGUCUCGGAUUGGGCAGGACACAGCCUCCUCCCUGAUGGGACGAGGAAGCCGCCCACUCAGUCUCCUGGGCGACAGGACUCUCUCUGAGCCUCAGUGGACCCAGCCAGGCCCCAAGCUGCAUCCGGCUGGAGCAGGCGUUUCUGGGACCUCAUGGGGUUACACUUCCAUUGGAUGGAAGGGACUUGGCCAUGACUGGAAGCUGUCAGGUGGCUCCUGCGGCUUCACUGGACAAACUCUUAAGUCACCUCCUCUCAGGAGGUAAUAAAGGGGGAGAACAAUUCGCA